AUGGAUCGUGUUAUCGGCGGCAAGUUCAAGUUAGGUAGGAAGAUCGGUAGUGGAUCAUUCGGUGAAAUUUACAUUGGGAUUAAUGUCCAAACUGGAGAAGAAGUUGGUAUUAAGCUGGAACCCGUGAAGACGAAGCAUCCUCAACUCCACUAUGAAUCUAAAGUGUACAUGCUUCUUCAAGGAGGGACGGGCGUUCCCCAUCUUAAAUGGUUCGGCGUAGAGGGUGAAUACAACUGUAUGGCAAUUGACCUUCUUGGUCCAAGCUUGGAGGAUUUGUUCAAUUACUGCACUCGGAAAUUUUCUUUMAAAACUGUUCUAAUGCUUGCUGAUCAGUUAUUAAACAGAGUUGAGUACAUGCACUCGAGAGGGUUCCUUCACCGUGAUAUUAAACCGGACAACUUUUUGAUGGGUCUUGGUCGCAAAGCCAACCAGGUCUACAUUAUCGAUUAUGGACUUGCUAAAAAGUAUAGAGAUCUUCAAACACACAAGCAUAUACCAUACAGGGAAAAUAAGAAUCUAACAGGAACUGCUCGAUAUGCAAGCGUCAACACACACCUUGGGAUUGAGCAAAGUAGAAGAGAUGAUCUGGAGUCUCUUGGUUAUGUGCUGAUGUAUUUUCUACGAGGAAGUCUACCGUGGCAAGGUCUAAAAGCUGGUACCAAGAAACAGAAAUAUGAUAAGAUUAGUGAAAGGAAGAUGCUUACGCCUGUAGAGGUUCUUUGCAAGUCAUUUCCCUCUGAGUUCACAUCGUAUUUCCAUUACUGUCGAUCAUUGAGGUUUGAGGACAAACCGGAUUAUUCAUAUCUGAAAAGACUUUUCAGGGACCUUUUUAUACGGGAAGGUUAUCAGUUCGACUACGUGUUUGACUGGACAAUCUUGAAAUAUCCUCAGAUGGGGUCUAGUUCAAGACCAAGGCCAAAUCCAAAACCAGCUCUAGACUCUCCAGGACCAUCUGCAGAAAAAGGUGAAAAGCCCACAGUGGGGCAGGAUCUGAGAGAAAGAUUCUCAGGUGCAGUUGAAGCGUUCGCCAGACGAAAUGUAUCAAGUCCCGGCAUUCGCUCUUCAAAAGAAGUGCAUGAGUCUGAAAAAACCAGAAAUGAGAGUGCCACAAAAAGAGCGGUGGUGUCAAGCAGCCGACCUGGCUCAUCAGGUGAGCUGAGCGAGAACCGCUCAAGUAAACUGUUUUCAAGCGGUGCCCAAAAGAUUCAACCGGGUCAAGAAUCUAAGUCAUCCGCAAGGCUUGGACGUGAUGACGUCCUGAGAAGCUUCGAUCGGCUAACUAUUGGUUCCGGAAAACGGAAAUGA